AAGUUGUGGGGUGGUUUGUUGGGCGGAACGGACGACUAGAUCUCUGCGAGUGUUGUGGGGGAGAGGGACGGAGGAGUUUGGCGCAAAGCCUGCCGGGGCAUGGAGCCCCAAUGGGCUUUGUGCGCAUGUGCGAAGAGGUGAGGGGGCUUGGGGGGCCUCGCCUGGGAGAGUGAGGCUGCAGGCCAGAUUUCGCCCACAGGCAGCUGCUUGCUGACCCCCGCCCCAGGUCGGGGGCUGUCAAUUUGGACUCAGGACUCCUUUAUAUUUUUAAAAAUUAUCGAAGGCCCCAAAGCAGAGUUUACAGGAGUUACAGCUUUUAAGAUAAGGCCGUGGAGGAGAUUGAGGUACAGUGGUGCCCCGGUCACCCCCAGGAGGGGCUGAGCCAGGAUUUGCACCUGUCCUGUCCCAGGAGGGGUUCACAGCCCCCCUUCCUCCAGCACCUGUCGUCUGUGAGACACUUGAGAGCAGCACCCCUCAGCAACCUCAGGCAGCCAUCCGCAGCCACCAGGUGGUGCUGUCCCCCCAGUGCUCGCCAGCCCCCAUGGAGGUCCCAUGCCCCCAGCCUGUGAAGCAGGAGGGCCAGGCCGCUGAGGGCCUGGCCCUCGACUCGCCGUGGCACCGCUUCCGCCACUUCCACCUGGGGGAUGCGCCGGGCCCCCGCGAGGCGCUGGGCCGGCUGCGUGCCCUGUGCCGGGACUGGCUGCAGCCCGAGGUGCACACCAAGGAGCAGAUGCUGGAGCUGCUGGUGCUGGAGCAGUUCCUGAGCGCCUUCCCGGCCGACAUCCAGGCCUGGGUGUGUAGCCGGCGGCCCCAGAGCGGGGAGGAGGCCGUGGCCCUGCUGGAGGAGCUCUGGGGACCAGCGAUGAGGGCCCCUCAGGAUGUGACAGAAGGCUCUGGGGUCGGCCUCGGAAAAGAAGAAGGGGGUAUGAUCCCAUUAGGAGACGCGGCCUCGGGGGCUGAGGAGCCGGCGACGGGGGACACCCGGGCCCCGCGCCCCUAUAAGCAGGAACCAGGCAGCCCCCCGCUGGCCCCGCCGGCCCCGCCCGCGCCGGGCCUGCCUGCCUUCCUGGCCGUCCCGGGCACCGCGUCCUGCCCCGAAUGCGGCAAGGCCGCGCUGAAGCCGACGCACUUGCUGCGCCACCGACAGAGCCACUCGGGCGAGAAGCCGCACGCCUGUCCCGAGUGCGGCAAGGCCUUCCGGCGCAAGGAGCACCUGCGGCGCCACCGCGGCACCCACCCCGGCGGCCCCGGGCCGGCCCUGCGCCCGCUGCCUGCCCGCGAGAAGCCGCACGCCUGCUGCGAGUGCGGCAAGACCUUCUACUGGCGCGAGCACCUUGUGCGCCACCGCAAGACGCACUCGGGCGCGCGGCCGUUCGCCUGCUGGGAGUGCGGCAAGGGUUUCGGGCGCCGCGAGCACGUGCUGCGCCACCAGCGCAUCCACGGCCGGGCGGCGGGCGGCGCCGGCGGGCCAGGCGCGCCCGGUCCCGAGGGCGGGGGGCCCUUCCCACCCUGGCCCCUGGGGUAGCCGCUCCGCCCGCCGUCGUCCUGCCCCCAGCCCACCUCCAGCACCCGCUUCUCUCCGCCCUCCUCCACCCCCGUGUUUGAACUGCCCGAUGCCCUGACAUCCUGCGUUCCUUCCUAGCUCUGUCCCGAAUCUCCCUUUCCUGUUCGGAUCUCACCUCCUGACCCCCCAGCCUCUCCCAUCCUCUGAAAAGGGGCCUCCACAUUGCACCCACCGCUCCCGUCUCCCUCUCCACCUAUCCCCUACCCUGGGGGGUAAAGGGGGAACAAGGCUGGCCAGGAGCACAGAAGAGCACAGGGCAAGACCAGCAGGCAGGCUCCUUGAUGGAGAGAAGGCUAAAGGAAAGGGACUGGGUCUUGCUCCUAGGAGACCCCCCCCCCCAGGACAGAUUGGGGGACAGGGAAGGCGCCUGGCAGUAGACUCCUUGGUCUUGGUUUUCUCUGCACCCAGGAAGGCAUGAGAUGGACAGAGAUGCCUGCUCUGGGAAGCUCGUUGCAGACAAUUCACCAGCAUCUGCAGAGUAAUAAAGUCACUGAUGAGGUGUGCAGACCAGAGUCCCAGGUUCUGUCCUAGGCGCCACCCUCCAGGAGCAGAGUGUCUGGGGAGGGGCUCUCUGGGACCCACCCAAUGCGGGAGAGGCCUGGGGAGUAUGGGUUUAACCCUAGGGCAGCAGUUCCUGUACUUGAGCCAAAGACAAAGGAUUUUGUGAGAGAGGACAGGUCACCCAUGUCUGGCAGCAUGGGAGACACACACAUUGCUUAUCAACCGCCGCCCACUGGCCCAGGAAAGAUCACCCCACUUCCAUCUCAAGGCAGGCAGGAGGCUGGUGGAAGGACUCAGCUCAGUGCAAAGCUGGCCCGGGUUUGGUCUACCCAAUUGCUUCCUGGCUGCAAUAAUCUUAGGUCACACCUGUCAGUUUCCACAUCUGUGAGUAAUGGUACCCACAUCUCUUGCUAAGAGUAUUACUUGGAGUACUUGACCCCAUUUCAUAGGGGACCCCCAAAUAUUACUGUCAGUAGGACUCUUGGGUGACCCAUUUUGCCAAGAGAGGGAUCUCUCCCGGCGGCCAUCACUCUGAGGCCCUCUGGAGGUGGGGUGAGGGGCUGCUGUCUCACCCCUGGUCCUCAGUUUAGCACAGUGUCCUGGGUCCAGGCCCUGGUUCCUUCUCUCCAGGGUGAUGCACCAACGUCUGGCCAGUAAACCCCAGGCCAUGGGCCAUGUCCUAGCUUCAAGGGAGUCUGAGAAAGCAAGUAGCUAGACUGUCCAGCGUCUACAGCCAGAGGCUGGCUCCACCUUCUGUUACCGUGGACUUGAAAGGGUCCACUCACCUGUGCACAUCCAAGCCAAAAUAAGAUACGAACAGAAGUGUGCAGCAAAGUAAAAGUUUGUUUAAGGAGUUGGCACCUAGUCCAGAGACAAAGGUGAGCUAGUGCUCUCAAAAACCUGUCUCCCUAUGGCCUCUAGUGGCCAGGCUAGGAAAGGGAAGAAUCAUUAUUCAUGGUUGCUGUGAGAGUCGGGGUCAUUGACCAUAGUGACUUGUUGGGGCUGAGGCAGGGAGCAGUUGAUCAUGGCUCCAGGUCCUGUUGUCAUGGCGUCGUUUGGUCCAGUUUGCAGGGCAUGCAGUACAUGGGGCCGUUCCACCUUCUUGAGUCUGGAGCUGGAAUAUAACAGGCCAAGUUGUUACCUUUGACUAAAGCCUUAUUCUAGUUUGAGGUUUGGUUAUUGUGUCCUA